AUGAAUUGCUUUUGUGAUCACUUCUGUGUCUACUUCCAAGAUUGUUGUCCAGAUGCAAUGAUAAACAAGCAAUAUAUUCAAAACACGGUGGACGUAUCCAAAGAGUUAAUCGACUGUGUUAAGAUCGAACAAGUGAGUUCUGUAAACGCUGUAUAUGCAGUCAAUCGCUGCCCUGCAACGUGGUCGGGACCUGAAACAAGAGCCAAAUGUGAGAAAUUCACCGGCAGAGACCUGUUGUUGCACCUAACUGUGACAGGGGUGAAUACAGGACUGACGUAUAAAAACAUGUACUGUGCCAUGUGUCACGAGACAGAAUAUUGCUACUGGAUUCCAUCGGUUUCCUGCAACAGUAGACAACCAGUCUAUGACUCCAUUCGACCAAACGCUACGAUUCGCGAAGCUCUGGCUUACCCUGGGUGCGAUCUGAAAUUUUUACCACCAAAUGACACCAUUAGCUACAGAUCAUGUUUGCCACAUAAUAUCGUAGACAAAUGUGACAAGCAGUUUAACGAAACAUCUAUUUCUGAAAUUUGCGAAAAUUCCGAAUCCAUGGAGAUGGUAUACUCCGUAGACAAAGCCUGGCGGAACCCUUCAUGCGCUGUGUGCAACUUUGAAUCACGAAUAUCUUGUGAGAUGUUGUUUCCUGUCAGUACUUCUAACCAGUUUAAAAAAAGACGAGGUUUCUACUCUUUUUCAAUUCUGAUAGACAUGAACACCAGAAAAGCUUCGUCCACAGUUGGCACGAGAUUUAAAAAAAUUACGAGAAAUGUCACGGAAAUAUACACGUGCCACGAUAACGAAGUUUACGACCCCUUUAGUCUACAUUGUAGGAGGGUUGUAUGUGAUGCUCCAUUUGUUUAUCGGAAUGGUUUAUGUCGUACGAACAAAUCUGAAACUGAAGCUGGCAAUGUGACAGACUGUCCUCGCAUCCAACUCGAUGAGAUGGAAUACUCGAUUUUGGAGGAUGGCACUUUGUUAGAAAUCGCCAGCGGGCGACGGUAUGAUGAACAGCAAUAUUUCGUUAAAGGUCUCUUGGCCUUUGUUUGCUCGUAUCUGACGCAGAAUUAUACCAACACUACAGUGGUGGAGGAAGUCGUGAUGGUGCUUACAUUUUCACUAUCAGAAGCGAUUGUUAGUGUUGUUGGUCUUUGCAUUUCUCUAAUAGGUCUUCUGGUGACGAUAGUAACAUACGCAGUUAUAAAAUCACUUCAGAACAUUCCCGGGAAAAACCUGUUGUCCCUUUCGUCUUCUUUGUUUAUCGCAGAACUUUUAAUGAUUAUCGCACCAUCAGCAGAAGGUGUAUUUGUUCUCUGUAAAGGUAUUGGAGUAUGUAUGCAUUAUUUCUUCCUGGUAGCAUUUUUCUGGAUGAACGUUAUGGCCGCUGACGUUUGGUUUACUUUUUCUAAAAGUUUUGUUAAAGCGGGAGGCAGUGGGAAAUCGUCCAAAAGAUUUUAUUUCUAUAGCGUAUACUCCUGGGGUGUCCCUUUUCUAAUACUCGUUUUGUCAUUAUUGGUAGACACCUUUCUUACAGACUCCACGUUCAAACCAGACUAUGGAAUGGGACUCUGUUGGUUCACCAAGAAGAAUGCCCUAAUGGUAUUCUUUGCUAUGCCGUUAUUCCUGAUCAUCCUGAUGAAUAUAAUAUUCUUUGCAAUCGCUUCCAAAAAUAUCUAUGAGGCCAGACGAUCGUCUGCCAGGUAUUUGCAGACGAGCGAAAACUCGAGUCCGUUUCUCUAUAUGAAGCUGUUCUUUGUGAUGGGUCUUACUUGGAUCGUCGGCUUCCUGGCGAGUCUCGUGGCUCGGGCGGUACUCUGGUAUCUGUUCGCCAUCCUCAACACUUUGCAGGGAUUUUUCAUUUUCCUUUCUUUUGUCGCCACUAAAAAGGUCCUACAUCUUAUCCUAGCUCAUCUGCGAACACUUCGAACAGGCCAGGCUAACGAAACUAAUCAGCCGUCAUCCCCUACAAGAAGCACUUUUGUGCCCUUCAAGAUAAGCAGUAGUCGGACGGUAGUGUAGGUAUUAACCAAGUAAUGUUUUGCAAUCGAGAUCCGCCGGUCAUGAUAGUGUAAUGGUUAUGUCAUUAAAUUUAGAGAGCUGGUAGAUACUACGUUUGUACUGGUUCU